AUGAAAAAACAAAAAAAUGCGCCUCGCCCUAAAUUUAUUAAUAAACGCAAAGCUAUUAGAAAAGAAAAGAGGAAACUGAAAAAAAUCCACCGCCAGGAGCACUACCAAAAAAAGAAAGAAAACAAGAAUGUCCAAACAUUUGAGCCAGGCAAGUUUGUAAAACGGCCAGCUGAUGUAUCUAAUGAUGUGGAAAUAAAAAAGAAAAAGAAAAAUAUUCAAUCAUCACGAGAUAUUCUCAGUAAAGAAAGGCAGAAGGAUAUUAAUGUGACAGAAAAACUUAAAUCUGAGAUGGAAGAACAAAGGCGAAAAAUUCUGUUACAAGCUAAUGAGGAAGAAGAUAAAAUUAUUAAGAAGUUAGAAAAGCAACUGGGCCUGAAUAAGUCGAAAAAUAAGAAUAAUUAUUUCGCUGAAGAUGGUUUGGACUAUCUUUUAGAAGUAUGUGAUAGGAGUACAUCAGAACAAAUAGUUGCUGCAGAAAGGCACUUAGCAAAUGUUGAAGAUGAUUCAGAUUUUGAAGAAGACUUGGCAUUAGUAACUGGGAAAGAUUUGACUCAAGAAAAGCACAAAGAAGGAAAGAGAUCCAACAAAAAGAGUACAGUUAGUGAAGGAGGAGAGAGUGAUGAAGUGCCAAUUGUUGAAAUGGAUGAUGAAAGUGAGGUUGAUGAUGAUGAUGAUUUAAACGAAGAUUUAAGUGAAUCAGAAAAUGAAGAGGGAUCAGCUGAUCAUGAAUCGGACAUAAGUGAACAGAAUGUGCGAAAGAAUAAAAAUACUAAAAGCCCAAUGAAAAAAGAAAAAGUAAUCACUGAAGACGAUUUGAGUAAAGUCUUUAGUGACGACGAAGUCUCUCAUUUGUCUGGAGAUGAGAGUUUGGAAGAUGAUCACGCUUCUGAAAGCAUUGAACCAGAAGAUGAACAUAGUGUGACGAAAAAAGAUAAAGAGAAACCUGAUAUGUGGGAAGAUAUCUAUGGUAGAAAAAGAGAUAAAGAAGGCAAUGUAAUAAAAGAAGAAAAGGGUGUCUACAUUCCGCCUCAUUUGAGGAAUAAGGAUUCAACAUCUGACAAGGAUUUGGCUCAACUUAAAAGGCAAAUUAAAAGCGUGCUGAACAAGCUGGCCGGCACCAACCUGCACUGGGCGUGCGCCUCCCUCGAGGGCCUGUACUCGGCCCACAGCCGCAACAGUGUGAACACGGCUUUAUGCCAGCAGUGGUGCGAGGCGACGGUGGCGCCCUCUGCCACGGCCGACAGGCUGGUCGCCGAGCACGCCGCCCUGGUUUCCGUGUUGCACGCCAACGUCGCCAGCGAAAUCGGUGCACAUUUCCUGCAAGAGCUCACGAAGAAGUUCGACGAGAUGGUGGACACGGACCAACCCAUGGAGGACAAGAGGCUGGAGAACCUGACAUCGUGCCUCUCUCACUUGUACAGUUUCAAGAUAUACCACAGCGCUCUCCUGUACGACGUAUUGGGGCGGUUGAUGGCAGACAUAAGGGAGAAGCACAUAGACUGCGUGCUGACAGCCUUACGUUGCGUGGGCGGCAUACUGAGGAAGGACGACCCCCUCGCCCUAAAGAAUUUCAUACACGACACGCAGGCCAAGAUCGCGAAGCUUAACGAGAGGGCCGCCGGCGGGACCCGCAUAAAGUUCCUUCUCGAGGUGCUGAUGGCGGUGAAGAACAACAACCUGAACAAGAUACCCAACUACGAGCCCACUUACGUGGAGGAACUGAAGAAGGCCACCAAGGCCGUAGUGAGGAAGGGCAACUACGUGGCGCCGCUCAACGUGCGCCUGGAGGACCUGCUCAAGGCGGACGAGAGGGGCAAGUGGUGGAUAGUGGGUUCUGCGUGGGAGGGGGCCGGGCUCGGGAGGGGGGAGAAGAAGGCGCCCGCCCCUCCUCCCGGGGCGGACCAGAAGCUGCUGGAACUGGCGCGCCAGCAGAGGAUGAACACGGACGUCAGGAGGAGCAUCUUCUGCGUGAUCAUGUCCGCCCAGGACUACAUGGACGCGUUCGAGCGGCUGCAACAGCUGGGCCUAAAGGGCGCGCAACAGCGUGAGGUGGCGGCGGUGCUGCUGGCCUGCUGCCUACGCGAGCGCCUCUACAACCCCUACUACGCCGUGCUGGCGCUACGCCUGUGCCAAUACGACCGCAAACAUCAGUUGGCGAUUCAGUUUUCCGUAUGGGACAAGAUUAAGGAACUGGACAGCAUGUCGAAACAGAGCGUCAGCAACUUGGCGCAGUUCCUAACCCACCUGAUCGCGGAGAAGGGUCUGCCGCUCUCAGUGCUGAAGGUGAUCCAGUUCUCGGAGCUGAACAAGCGCUCGGUGCGCCUGAUGCGGCAGACGCUGCUGGCGCUGAUGCUGGGCGAGGAGCUGGAGCCGUUCCGGCGCGUGGCCCGGGCGGCGGCGCUGCGCCCCUUCCGCGAGGCGCUGGCCCUCUUCGUCCGCCACUUCCUGGUGCGGAACGCCGCCCGGGGGGGAUGCCCCGCCGCGGAGCUGCACGCGCUGCGCUCGCGGGCCGCCGAGGUGGACAAGAUCCUCGGCAUGCACGACUCCAGGCUCAUGCUG